AUGCAUUUAGUGGAUAUAAUUUAUAAUCCAGUAAUCGUUUAUACGGUUCACUCUCGUAAUGAUGGACUGGCCUUAACUCCUCCAAUGGGUUGGUUAUCAUGGGUUCGGUUUGCCUGUGAGACUGACUGCAAAAAAUAUCCCAACUCUUGCAUUAACGAAGAACUAUAUAAAGAACAGGCGGACAGACUGGUUAAGGAUGGCUUCAAAGAGUUGGGAUAUGUUUACGUUAAUAUAGAUGAUUGUUGGAGUGAAAAGGAAAGGGAUGUUCACCAGCGUCUGGUUCCCGAUAAACACCGAUUUCCAAGUGGUAUGAAAGCACUGGCAGAUUAUAUGCAUUCGCAAGGAUUAAAACUCGGCAUCUAUGGUGAUGUUGGUCCUCAAACUUGCGCACAUUAUCCAGGACAAAACGAUAAAAAUGGUUCCAAUUAUUUCUCAAUUGAUGCCAAAACAUUUGCUGAAUGGGGUAUCGAUUCAUUUAAGUUUGACGGUUGUAAUGAAGAUCCCAAACAUUUUGAUGAUUUAUAUCCCAAAAUGGGUAAAGCACUCAAUGAAUCGGGUCAGCCAAUGGUAUUUAUAUGCGAGUGGCCAUUGUAUCAAUUGCACCACAAAAUCACUCCUAAUUAUUCAGCCAUUGAAAACACGUGUCAUGUUUACCGAAAUCACGGCGACGUUUCCGACGGUUGGAACAGUAUUAUCUCAAUUAUCAACUUUUAUGGCGAUAACAACGAUCUCUUUAUUAAAUAUAACGGUCCAGGACACUUUAAUGAUCCAGAUAUGUUAAUCAUCGGUGGUUUCGGACUGUCCUAUGAACAGAGUCGGACUCAAAUGGCAAUGUGGGCCAUGUUUUCGGCCCCUCUUUACAUGUCUAAUGAUUUAAGAGCUCUAAAGCCUGAAUUGCGACAAAUUUUGCAAAACAAGGCCUUAAUAGCUUUAAAUCAGGACAAACACGCAAUUAUGGCUAAACGUGUAUAUACUGAUAAAAAUACUCAGAUAUGGGUGAAACAGGUUGAACCAAAAGUCAACAAUCAGUGGUCAUAUGCUAUUGUCUAUCUAAGUACUAAAAGUAUUGGUGACAGAUAUUAUAUAUCACAUAAAGUAUCACAAUUAAUAACUGACACAAAAAACACAACUGAAUAUGUAGUCCACGAUCUGUUUCUGGACGAAGGAAAGGAGAUUUUAGGUACUCUUAGAGUAAGUGAUAAUCUGGAGCUCAAAGUGGCCAUUGCUGGCGCCUGUCGUUUGGUUAAAUUAGUGCCCAAAUAUUAAUAAAUUUUUUAAUUAAAUUACCUUUAUAUUAUAUA